AUGGUGCGCCGCGGUGCAGUAGCGGGGGCCAUCGCUAAUGACUGCCCCGAAGGCAUUAGCAGUGGUGGACAGAGCAGGUCGUCGUCCGCCGACAACAACCUCGUCUUCUCGCCCCUAUCCAUUUACUCUGCAUUUUCCCUGGCGGCCGUCGGCGCCAAGGGGCGCACGCUACGCAAGCUCCUCGACAUCCUCGGCGCCAAGUCCCGCGAGAGCCUCGCUGAGAACGUGUGCUGCAUGGUGAAGCGCGCCCUCCCGGACGUAGGCUCCUAG